AUGAAGUAAAAUAAGUAAAGGCCAGAAUUGUUUGGUCCCAAAUUGGCAACACCAGGCGUUAAGGGGUUAACAUUCACUAGAAUUGUAUCAGCUAAAAUGAAAUUGCUGUCAUCUAAUCCUGUUCUCAACCUUCAUCUCUCUUUCCAGACCAGGCCGAUGUACUGCCGCAUCAAUCUUAAUGUUCCCGUUCUCCAAAUAUUUUUCAAUAAUGAAGACACCAGACCAGACUUUCGGCUGAGCAGAGAGUCUCUGGCGGUGCUGCUGGACCUUCUCUGCCAGGAAAGAAGACACGGAUGGGGGGCCACAAUAGAGACCUUGGUCUUCCUCUUCUGGCUAGCGAGUGGGGCAUCCUACAGAGUGGUGGCUAGGGUGUUCGGGAUGCCUCGCUCCACAGUUCACCGCAUCGUCCACCGGGUUACUGAGGAGGUGGUGGCCAUCCGCCACCGAGUCAUCUGCCUCCCCAAAGCUGCAGAAGACCUGGCAGCAGUAACCCAGGGGUUUGAAGGACUGGCCGGACACAGAGCUUUUCUCAAAGCUGCUGGAGCGAUCGACGGCUGCCAUGUGAGGAUCAAGCCUCCAAGCGGUCCUGAUGGUCAAUGCUAUCGGAACAGGAAACUGUUCUCCUCCAUCAUUCUGCAGGCAGUUUGUGACCAUCAGGGCCGCUUCAUCGAUACAUACGUGGGCUGGCCGGGGUCGGUGCAUGAGUCCAGAGUGCUCCGGAACAGCCCACUGUACAGGCAGGCCAUCUACCCUCCUCCGGGCCACUUCAUCUUGGCAGAUGGUGGGUACCCGUGUCUCCAACACCCACUCCCCCUCAUCACUCCUUUCAAGCGGCCGGUACAAGGUGUGGGAGCCCUGCGCUUUAACAGCCAUCAUUCCAGGGCACGCUCCAUCAUAGAGCGUGCCUUUGGAAUGAUGAAGACGAGGUUCAGGGCCAUCUUCCUCCAAGCGCUUGAGGUGCACCACACCUUUGUGCCUCAGGUCAUAACGGCAUGUGCUGUCCUGCACAACAUAUGCCUGGGAGCUGGUGACAUCAUGGCCCCAGAGGAUGAAGAGCAGGACGACAUGCCAGAGGAUGAGGGGGAGAACAUGUUGGAGGCAGUCAGUGGUGCUCACUGGCGGGACCAGCUGUCUGCUGAGGUGUCUGCCCUGGAGGAGGGUCUACCCGACCAUGAUUACAUUUAGAUGUAACAUGGCAGCCGUCGAUUGGGUCAGCCCUUCAAACCCUGAUGGACGAUGUGGUGAACAGUGGAGAGAGGCAUCCCCCCGACCCCCCAGAUGAUGUCCCACUCGCAGUCAGAAGACUCAAAGGUCAUCUGUGUGGCAUCCCAUCCAGUCCAGCAGCACCACCAGGGACUCCUGCUCAGUCGAUAUUGUAUAUAUAUGUUCUUUUCAAUCUUCUGUAAAUAGUAUUUAAAAUUGACUGUAAAUAGUUUAAAAUAUUUUUAAUAGUUUGUUAUAAUUGCAUCUCAAAAAAUAAAUUGAUGUUGUCACUGAGAAGUUGUUCUACGUUUACUUAAAUUGUCAAGAAGUGAUGAAACAGAUAAUGUAAAAAGGUUAAAAGACUUUAAGAACACACCGACAACAAUAACUUUGAUAAACAAUUUAAUAAUUUAAUUUAAUAACAGCAACACAUAACUUGAACUUGUAAACACAGCAACAACCAAAAAAAAAGAACACACCAACAAAAAUUAACGUCUGUCCACCAUCCUCUCCAAUAAAGUAAACAGUCUGUCCAUCCUUUACCGGCUCUCUCUUUCUCUUCUCUCUGCCGCCUCCCUCUGCAAUCU